UAUUUAUCAGUAAAGAUAGGAAAUGUACCCUUGCUCUACAUCUAGUACCAGGUCAGCCGGAGUGCCAUCAUUUAUCAUUAUAUGUCCUCUUCCUUGUCAUUUCGUGUCAUCGGUAUUCACAUCAGAGAGAGAUAGCUCAUGGCGUGAAUCGCUAAUCAGCCCUGUGUGUGCCUCCACACGCGAGUCCCCGUGUAUUCUUUGGAGAAAGAUAGGCAGCGAAGGAAAUCUCUGUAAAAUUUAAAUGGCACUAUUAUUCCACUGACAGGCAUAAGGUCAUUUGCAGUUUUCAUUUAAUAAUAUAUACGUCCCGUUGCUGUCUGCACUACACGAAGGAAAUUCAAGGGCAUAUCAAUUAAAGCAAAGUGAAAAGAAAUGGCGGACACAGCGCAACGUCAGGUAGAAUUCAGUGACAUUUGGUUAAAAAAGAUGAAGACUGUCUUCCAUCGCUUCAGCGUAAAUAAAGACGGCAAGUUAAACCGCGAUGCCGGGAAGACAGCCUCUGCUCGAUACAUCUCUUCCAACGGCUUGAAGGGAGACCAGGCGCGUAGAAUACGCGAAAAAUGGCAGACCAUUCUAAUGAUGCUGACCACAAGAUUUACCGCCAUCAGUGAGGAACAAUUCAUCAAUAGUUUAAAGGAACAAAUUAACACCGACGCCUUUCGAGCUGUCCUGAAAGACGUUUGCACAAAUAAUUUCGACCUUAUUAAUGUCAACCAAAGAGGUAACAUCACCAAGGAAGAAAUGGCGUCCUGGUGUAAAUUCCUCGGUCAAGAUGAUGUGGAUUCUUUUUUUGAAGCUCUGGACACCAAGAAAGAUGGCGUAAUAACAGCAGACGAAUGGCAGCAGGCCUGGAACGAGUUUUAUUUUUCCGAAGACGAGAGCAGUCUUUAUAACAAGUUAUUUGGACCAUUGGCUGAAUGACAUGGAAACCGCAAUGAAUAAUUUGAAAUGUGAGCUUAUUACACGUACAAACCUUGGGAGAGAAUCACUGAUGGCGUGCUAUAUAAUGAGACCAACUUGUUCCAAAGAAACGCAAGCCAAUUUAAAUCUGUACGGAUGCGUAACUUUAUAAAGGUGCUAGAAACACAAUCCCCCAAAUGGCUAAGGACUGGUAAGCGCACGUCUUUUUUGGCGAGGAUGUUCCACAAGAAUGAUUAUAAUGCCCUCAAUGGAAGACAGGCGUAGCUAUAUCACAGAACAAAAAAGUAUUCAAUAAAAAUGUUUCUCUGAACCAUAUAUUUCGAUAUAGGCCUAUUACAAUAUGUCACUCUAUGUAUCACAAUAAGUGACAAUAAAAUUUAUAUAAAUUGA